AUGCAUUGUGGAUUAGUCUAUGUCCUGUGGAUGGGAUUCCUCUUGGUGACCGAGGCUUAUAAAAACGACAAAUGUGGAGGCAACAUCCGAAUCUCAAAUGCAAACUACCUCACCUCUCCCGGGUACCCCCAGUCUUACACCUCCUCUCAGCGCUGUACAUGGGUAAUCUCAGCUCCUGGCCCCCACCAGCGGAUCCUCAUCAACUUCAAUCCACAUUUUGACCUAGAGGAUCGAGAGUGCAAGUAUGACUACGUGGAAGUGCGAGACGGCAUAGAUGAGAGUGGUCAGCUGGUUGGCAAGUACUGCGGCAAGAUCGCGCCCUCUCCAGUCGUGUCCUCUGGAAACCAGCUUUUCAUCAAAUUUGUCUCUGACUACGAGACCCAUGGAGCAGGUUUCUCCAUACGAUAUGAGAUCUUCAAGACAGGUCCUGAAUGCUCUAGGAACUUCACCUCCAGCAGUGGUGUCAUAAAAUCACCAGGCUUUCCAGAAAAGUAUCCUAACAACCUCGACUGUGCUUUCAUGAUAUUUGCCCCGAGGAUGUCCGAAAUUAUCUUGGAGUUUGAGAGCUUUGAAUUAGAGCCUGACCCAACGCCUCCUACUGGUGUCUUCUGCCGUUAUGACCGUCUGGAGAUCUGGGAUGGCUUUCCUGGAGUUGGACCAUACAUUGGCAGAUACUGUGGACAGAACACACCAGGAAGAAUCAUCUCUUACACCGGCAUCUUGGCACUUACAAUCAACACCGACAGUGCCAUUGCCAAGGAGGGUUUCUCUGCCAACUUCACAGUCAUCGAAAGGACUGUUCCAGAGGACUUUGACUGCAGCGACCCGUUGGGAAUGGAAUCGGGUGAGAUAACAUCUGACCAAAUCGUGGCCUCAUCCCAGUACAACCCAAGCUGGUCCCCUGAGCGCUCCAGACUUAACUACUAUGAAAAUGCUUGGACCCCUGCUCAGGACUCAAACAAGGAGUGGAUACAGGUGGACCUUGGGUUCUUACGUUUUGUCUCAGCCAUCGGUACCCAGGGAGCGGUUUCACAGGAGACCCGAAGGACUUAUUUUGUCAAGUCCUACAAAGUCGAUGUCAGUUCAAACGGAGAGGACUGGAUCACGCUAAAGGAGGGCUCAAAACAAAAGGUUUUUCAGGGUAACACUAACCCAACAGAUAUCGCCAAGACGAUGAUGCCCAAACCCACUCUGACACGCUUUAUCCGCAUCCGUCCUGUUACCUGGGAAACAGGCAUUGCACUGCGCUUUGAAGUGUAUGGAUGUAAAAUAUCAGAGUAUCCAUGCUCGGGCAUGCUGGGCAUGGUAUCUGGCUUGAUCACCGAUAACCAAAUCACUGCAUCAUCUCACACCGAUCGGAGCUGGGUACCAGAGAACGCUCGUCUGCUGACUAGCCGGACUGGUUGGACCCUGCUGCCACAGCCCCAGCCUUUCACCAGGGAAUGGCUACAGGUGGACCUUGGGGAGGAAAAAGUGGUGAAGGGACUGAUCAUUCAGGGCGGGAAGCACCGUGAGAACAAGGUCUUCAUGAAGAAGUUCCGCCUUGGCCACAGCAACAACGGGUCUGACUGGAAAAUGGUUUUGGACGCCAACGGAAACAAGCCUAAGAUCUUUGAGGGGAAUAGCAACUAUGACACUCCUGAGUUGAGGGCGGUGGAACCCCUGCUGACCCGCUUCAUCCGAAUCUAUCCAGACCGUGCCACGGCUACUGGAAUGGGCCUUCGACUUGAGCUUCUGGGCUGUGAUAUUGAAGCUCCCACAGAUCCUCCUUCUACGACUCCCCCGGCCACUACUCCAUCAGACGAUUGCGACGAUGACCAAGCGAACUGCCACAGUGGCACAGGUGAUGACUACGAUAUCACAGGUGCUACAACGAUGCCGGAAACCACAACGGCUACAGUGGAUAUUGUCCCAGAUUUUCAGUGGUUUGCCUGCGAUUUUGGCUGGGCCAAUGACCCAUCGUUCUGCAGGUGGACUUCUGAGGACACUGGCUCUCGGUGGCAAAUCCAGUCUAGUGGAACCCCAACUCUGAACACUGGACCCAAUAUGGACCAUACAGGUGGCUCGGGAAAUUUCAUCUACACUUUGGCAACGGGCUUACAAGAGACUGAAGUGGCUCGACUUGUAAGCCCUGAGGUCACCUCCCCGGACUCUGACCUGUGUGUCUCAUUCUGGUACCACAUGUUUGGGUCGCACAUUGGUACACUGCAUAUCAAACAGCGCAAAGAGACCGUUGACGGACCCGCAGACAUCUUACUCUGGACUGUCAGCGGUCACCAGGGAAACCGCUGGAGGGAAGGCAGAGUCCUUCUGCCCCGCACAAAUCGACCGUAUCAGGUGGUGAUUGAAGGGUUAGUAGAGAGAAAGAGCUGGGGCGAUAUUGCGGUUGAUGAUGUUAAGGUUCUCAGUGGCCUCAGUGCGACCGAGUGUAAAGAUCCAGAUGUACCCACUGAGCCAAUGCUCCCAGAAGAUCGCUUUAAUGAAAUCAUUGAGGCAAUCACAGAAUACCCAGACUUUGUGGAGACCAACCAGAUCAGCGGAGCCGGCAACGUGCUAAAGACACUUGACCCAAUCCUCAUCACUAUCAUCGCUAUGUCUGCCCUGGGCGUUUUCUUAGGUGCCAUUUGCGGGGUCGUCCUUUACUGCGCCUGCUCACACGGAGGUGUAUCGGAAAGGAACUUAUCAGCCCUGGAAAAUUAUAACUUUGAACUGGUGGAUGGUGUCAAGUUAAAGAAGGACAAACUCAAUGUACAAAGCUCAUACACAGAGGCGUGA